AUCAAAUCUCCAAUCUGGCGUCCAGAACCGGAGACCGUGGAGGACGUGUUUGAUCACACAUAUAAAGAGAAAGAAGGGCCCAAACCUCCCUCAGUCAUAGUGUGGAGAAAUGUCAUUCUCAUGAGUUUCCUGCACGUCGGAGCUCUGUAUGGACUCGUCCUGCUUCCAUCUGCAAGUGCUCUCACAUGGAUCUGGUUUUUUGCGUGUUUGUUGUUCAGUGCUCUGGGCAUCACCGCCGGCGCUCACAGACUCUGGAGUCACAGAUCAUAUAAAGCAUCAUUACCUCUCCGGAUCUUUCUCGCCUUCGGAAACUCCAUGGCCUUCCAGAAUGACAUCUACGAAUGGUCUCGAGAUCACCGCGUUCACCACAAAUACUCCGAGACGGACGCCGACCCUCACAACGCUGUGCGAGGCUUUUUCUUCUCUCACAUCGGCUGGCUGCUGGUCCGCAAGCAUCCGGACGUCAUUGAGAAGGGACGCAAGCUGGAGCUCAGCGACCUGAAGGCUGAUAAAGUCGUCAUGUUUCAGAGGAGGUUCUACAAGUCGUCUGUGCUGCUGAUGUGCUUCUCCGUGCCGACGCUCGUGCCGUGGUUGGUGUGGGGCGAGUCUCUGUGGGUGGCGUAUUUCGUCCCUGCUCUCCUCCGAUACGCACUUGUGCUCAACGCCACCUGGCUGGUUAACAGCGCCGCGCACAUGUGGGGAAACCGGCCCUACGACGGCAGCAUCAACCCCCGGGAGAACAGAUUCGUGGCCUUCAGCGCUAUAGGCGAAGGCUUUCAUAACUACCACCACACGUUUCCCUUCGACUACGCCACCAGCGAAUUCGGCUGCAAACUCAACCUGACCACCUGCUUCAUUGACUACAUGUGUUUCCUGGGUCUGGCCCGAGAGCCCAAGCGUGUGUCCAGAGAGGCCGUGCUCGCUCGAGCUCAGCGCACCGGAGACGGCAGCCACCGGAGCGGCUAACGAGCGCCGUCCGUCCUAACCAGCUGCACACCUGAAGACAGAAGGACAAUCGGUCCUUCCAGCGACGCUGUUGAAGCUUGCUGUCAGAUGGCAAAUGUUUUUUUUCCCCCCAGUCUAGCCAGUGAAGCUUUAAUUAAUACAGGGAUCCGGCCUGUUUGUGUAGCGCUUAUUCAGAUUUUCUUUCCGGCUUCCUCUUCUCGACCGCAGCUGUAGAUGUUUUUGAGCCCGGUCUGAGCUCAUGUAGCUGACAUGCCAGUUUGCUCAAUGCAGGAGCUAAUCACGGUGCCCAGCAACCCUGUUACCCUUCCCAAAUCUAGCUGUGCAUUUUGGUAGAAAUCAACUGAGAUGCACAUCUAUUUAAUAUUCUAUAGCUGCAGCUUACUGCAUCUGGACCAGAUACAGACUAGAGUGUUUCAGAAUUUAAUAUUGCCAAUCGGUUUUGUUGCCAUAGUUGCACAAAUUGUUCAUUUGGAGAAAUGCUUGAAUAGUUUGAAUCUGCAUUAAUGAUUCGUGAUUAUACUUUUGACCACAGCACACAUACGACAUAUAAGUCUUUUUUGGACUACUGCAGAUUGAGAUCGGUUUGACGUCUAAACACACUUUGUAACGUUGACUUGUAUUUAAUAAUUGUGAGAUAAUCACUGAAGAAUCCAGAAGGCGUACUGGUUUUGUAUAAUUAAUUGUGCAACACCAUGCUUAUCUUUCAAGUCCUGCUUUUUCAUCUGUUAGUGCAAGCAUGCUGUAUUAAUACAGAACUCUUUUCUAUCGCAAAAUAAUACAGAUGGAUGUAUCUGUGGAUUUACAGUAAUUCUAAUAGUUAAUUAUGAUGCCAGAAAGCAUUGCAUUGCAUGCGAUCUGAAUGGUGCAAGCUGGUUUUUGCUCUAGUUCACCUGUAUGUUUAAUGAAACAUAAUGUAUUUUCAGAGAUUUUUCGGUGCUAUUUUUCCAUUUUUGGAUUUCAUUUGACAAGUUGCUUGUAAUUAAUUUGUUUGGUAACUUUUAAAACCAUUUGGAUUGUAGUUCUUUGAAGACUUUAUACUGUAUUUUGACUCCCGUUCCUCUCACACAGGACAGAUCGCCUUAUUUUUACUCUUGACACUUGAUUCAAUGCCAAAAAGCGGUUGUGGUAUUUCUCACGCUGUUUGGAAGAAGCCUUCGGCUCUUACAACUAACAUGAUGUUCCUGUUUGCGAUAACAGCCUGUAAUAAUCAAUAGACUCUUGUUUCAUAAUCAUUUACUGGAAAUAAAGUCUGAAGCAACAAGCUUCUACACUUUCUGACA